GUUGGAGUUUCUUUAAAAUCGGAGAAUAUAGUAGCCGAAGAUAGAGGCAACCCUAUAUAACACACAAAGUCCUCUGUUUGGACUUCAGAAUUUCGGUGGAAAUUAGACAUUCAAUUGAAAAACCAAAGAAAGCAAAAAAAAACAACGAGGGAGACGGAGAAGACGAAGUGAAUCAAUGGCGACGAGUACGACUAGCAGCAACGGCAACCAACCAUUCAAACCGUACCGUCACCUCAAAACCCUAACGGCACACACUCGCGCCGUUUCCUCCGUCAAAUUCUCCAACGACGGUAAACUCCUCGCCUCCGGUUCCCUCGACAAAACCCUAAUUAUUUGGUCCUCCACCACCCUCUAUCUCCUCCACCGUCUCACCGGCCACUCCGAAGGUAUCUCCGAUAUUGCCUGGUCAUCCGAUUCCCACUACAUCUGCUCCGCCUCCGACGACCGUACCCUCCGCAUUUGGGACGCCAACAGCGGUGACUGUGUCAAAACUCUCCGUGGCCACACACACGUUGUUUUCUGCGUCAAUUUUGAUCCUCAGUCCAAUUUCAUCGUUUCUGGUUCGUUCGAUGAAACCGUUAGAGUUUGGGAAGUGAAAACUGGGAAGUGUAUUCAUGCUAUUAAAGCUCAUACUAUGCCUGUUACCUCCGUUCACUUCAAUCGCGACGGUUCUCUCAUCGUUUCUGGUAGUCAUGAUGGUUCUUGUAAGAUUUGGGAUACAAAUUCUGGUGCUCCGUUGAAAACUCUCAUUGAUGAUAAGGUUCCUGCUGUUUCCUUCGCCAAAUUCUCCCCUAAUGGAAAAUUCAUACUCGUUGCUACUCUCAAUGAUACCCUUAAAUUAUGGAACUAUGCUGCUGGGAGGUUUUUGAAAAUGUAUUCGGGACAUGUGAAUAGAGUGUACUGCAUAACUUCCACAUUUUCUGUAACAAAUGGGAAAUACAUUGUCAGUGGUUCAGAAGAUCGUUGUGUGUAUUUGUGGGAUCUUCAAGGGAAAAACAUGAUUCAAAAACUCGAAGGUCAUACAGAUACGGUUAUAUCUGUUACAUGCCAUCCAAUAGAGAACAAAAUUGCUUCUGCUGGCCUUGAUGCUGAUAAAACUGUGAGGAUUUGGGUACAGGAUUCUUGAAUAAUAGCAAAAAUGUCUCGAGUUUUUAAGAGUUGAAUGCUCUCUUUUUAGAGUCCGAUGCAUUAUAGGGAUGCGAAUAUCGUAUGGUGAUGUAAAAGUUCGCCGUGAUAGAGCAAUUGUUAUUAGACUAUACAUUAAUAAUUAGAUUAUUUGCAAUUUUGGGUCUAUAA